GACGGAACAUUGCGGGCCUGUCCCAGCUAUCAUCAAGUUUCUCUGGAUGUUAACCGCCUGGAUUCACUCAUGCCACCGGGUAUCGAUGAUGACGAAAAGGAUGUCAUUAGACAAGAAAUGAUGCAGUUGGUUGUGUCCAUUCUGCUGGACAAUCCGUCCACACACUAUUACCAGGGCUUUCAUGAUAUCUGUUAUAUAUUUUUGUCCGUUUUGGGACAAUCCGCAGCCCGACGUGCUUUGAACAAAAUCAUUCCACUACGUCUUAGCACGCUACCACCACCCACCUCCACUUCGCAACCAAACUUUUCAACUACGAACAUGGGCGAUAAAUAUGCAGCAUUAGCUGAACUAGAUGGAAUGUUAAAAAAUGCGAAUGCGACCACCACUUCUGCCUCCAGCACAGUUUUGUCUUCAAACGCGGUCGCUCCUCAGUCAUCCCUUAACAGUCGUGGACCAAUGCUUUGGCCUGAAACGUUCACUGUCCCUCCUAAUUCCUUUUUCAAUCCCCCCAUACCAAUGGCACCAAUAAGCACGCAACAGCUACCGCCUUCCGCACACAAUCCUUUUGCUUCACCCAGUAUGACAAGCACGGGUGCACCUCGUCACUAUAGCGCCUCCAAUCCUUUCAUUAGUAAUUCACCGGGUUCGUGUGUUGCAGGACAGAUGACCCCGUCAUUUCAGCCCCUAGUCAAUCCUGGGGUCUCACUGAGCCAAAAUUCAGCUCUGUUUCAGACAACCCAAAUCGGCAUGUCCAACCCCUUCCGUGCACCUACCACUCAAUUACCCGGUCCCGGCCCAAUUGCGUGGACCUCGCAUUUGAAUUCCAACCCUAUGGGAUCAACCCCUGUACCACCAAACGUGAAUUAUCCUAUGGUGAGUGCUCUAGAUCUUUGA